AUGUAUAUAUUUUUGAUAUUUUUCGCGUUUUUUCUAACUUCGACUUCAGCGAUUUCGAAGAAUCCGAAAUUAUUGCUAAUAUCAUUUGAUGGAUUCAGACAUGAUUUACUCAAUAAAAAAUUGGUGAGUUAUUUAAUGAAUUAAAAAAAUUAAAUUUUUUCAUAAUUUCGAACGAUUAUAGGUGCCGAAUAUUUACAAAUGGGCAACAAGAAGUACCUGGUUCACAUCUGGUGUAAAAUCACAGUAUGUUUCAUAUACAGCCCCAAAUCAUAUGUCAAUUGCAACCGGAUUAUUCGAAGAGGCUCACGGAAUUGUGGGAAACUACUUUUUCGACACGGAAACCAGACAAUUUUUCGAUUAUUUCAACAGUACUCAAAAACCAGGAGUUGUGAAUGCUUCUCAGCAAGAAUUCUGGUAUUUAGCCGAUCCUAUUUGGUUGACCAAUGAAAGAUGGGAAAGUUCUCGAAAAUCAGCAGCAAUUUAUUGGCCGAAUGGAGAUUCCCCAUUUCCUUAUAUUCCUCAUAAACCAAAAGUUGCUAAAUCUUGGACAACUUAUGGAACAUUGUCAACUUGGAUGAAAGAUGCUGAUCAAGUAAUUGAACUUUUUACAAGAAAUAGUGAUCCGAUGAAUUUUAUUGCUUGGUAUGUUGCGGAACCAGAUCAUACACUUCAUACAAAUGGUUUUAAUAAUGGAGAACUUAAUAAAACUCUAGCUGAAUUGGAUAAACUCUUCGAAUAUUUUAUUGAACGAUUUAAUGAUAAUAAAUUAGAAGAUCAAGUCAAUAUCAUUCUAACUGCAGAUCACGGACACGCUGAGGUAAAUUUUUAUCACUGAAAUUAGGCGUCUAAUUUUUCGUAUUCCAGAUCAAAGAUGAGAAGCAUAUCCUCUGCGUCCCUGAUUAUGUAAAAGGUCGUGGCUUCGAAAUGGGUGAUCAUAUGAUUUACCCACACUCUCCGGAAAUCGCUCAAGAAAUUUAUAAAAACCUCACCGACGCCGUCAAGAAAUAUAACUAUGACGUGGAUAUUCAUUGGUUGAAAGAUGUCCCAGAACGUUGGCAUUAUCAGAAUAGUUCUCGAAUUGGCCAAAUUAUUUUUGAGCCAAAGGUUGGCUCAGCAAUCUCGUUUUCUUGUAAUAAAGAGGAUAUGAAUAAAUUAUACGGGAUGAAUGGAACAAGGAAAUUCAAUUCAUCAACUCAUGGAAUGGAUCCUAAUUUUUCGGAAAUGAGAGCAUUUUUGGUCAUGAGAGGACCCGCAUUUUCGGAAAAUUUCACAGUUCGUUUUCAGAUUUUUUAUUUUGACAGAAACGCUCUAUUCAAUUCUAUUCUAUUUUCAGAUAGCAGAUAUUCCUGAAAAUGUUGAUUUGUAUGGAUUAAUGUGUCAUGUUUUGGAUAUUACACCUUCGCCGAAUAAUGGAUCGAUGGAAAUUGUGAAAAGAGCUUUGAAAGAGAAUCGAUAUAUGCAAACUUCGAUUCAUGGAUUUGCUUUCAAUGCGAUCACUGAUUCAAUGGGUUUUAUGUUUAUUCUUUUACCAUCCAUGUGCAUUGUUAUUUUGUUUUUUGUUUAUGGAUGUCGACAUACUGUUAUGAAGGUGAGCCUUUUAAAUUCAAUUUUUUAGACGAAAAAUUCAAAAAAUGUCAUUUUCCAAAAAGUAUUUGAUAAUUUAUAUUUAGUUCUAAUAUCCUCAAGAAUUUCUGAAGAUUCCUUCUAAAUAUAACACUUCUCUAAAUUUUACCAUCUUCUUUUUUUCAGAAAGAUCCAAACUGGGGUCGAUCAGACAAUUCGCAGGGAUAUCGUCCUUUGGAUGCUCGAAGUAAUGGUGGUUUCAAUUUGGAAGAUGACGACGAAGAAGAUCUUGAAAUCGGAAUGAAUAAUUCGCGACUUCAAACUGGAACUGUAACAAUGUCUGGACUUCUUGACGAACUUACGGAUGAUGAUUUAUAG